AUGAUGGUUAUCGAAAGCACAUUUGAUAAAAGAUGUAUGGCCAUUGAACCACCAGCUGAAUUAUCAUUUAUGACAGCCAGUAUGUCCAUCAUCUUAAUCCUCACCAAUAUUCCUGGUAACAUCCUCAUUAUCCUUGCUGUUGUUUUGAAUCCAAAUAGAAACUUACGAACUUCAUUCAAUUGGUUGGUCGUAAAUUUAGCUGCGGCUGAUUUAAUUGUUGGCUUCAUCACUGAGCCUCUCUCGGUAUAUUAUCACAUCAAAGAAGGCCUAAAGAAGAAUAGAGUUCCUGAAGAGUUCAAAACAAUCCACAUGGUUUACUUUAUCUCUUGUACUUCCUCAGUUCUCAGUCUUAUAAGUUUAGCAGUUGAAAGAUAUCUUGCUGUACGAAAACCAAAUACUUAUCGUACUGAAGUGACUAAUAAGCGAAUUGUAUUAACAAUAGUAACGAUUUGGUUGAUAUCUUUGAGUUUACCGAACAUUUAUCUCGAUGUUGGUUUUACGACAUACGCAUUCAUAUUUGCUAAUACCUCAAUCGUAGUGGCUGUUUUAAUCAUCAGCAUAACAUAUACUUUAAUGAGGCGAAAGGUUAAUAAAAUAAGAUCCGAAAGUGCAAGAAAAAUUACCACCGCAUCAAUAUCAGCAGAAGCGAUAAAAAACCCGUUGCAAUUUCAAAGUUUGUCAGUAGUUAUUACAAAGAGAGAUUCCCCAAAUGCUAUCACUCAAAACAGGCAAUUGUUGGAAGCCAGGGCAACUGCACCCUCAACUUCAACUGAUGCAAACAAUUUACCGUCGCACGAUCAAAACCAAUUACCAACUGUCAAUACAAGCCAAAGUUCCUCAAAUGCUAUCACUAACAGCGGGCAACUGUUGGAAACUAAGGUUACUAAAAUGUUUCUGAUAGUUCUCAUAGCUCUGUUGUGUUGCUAUGGACCAUCAACGAUAAUGAUGUACUUCAUAAACUUCUGUGAUGAUUGCAGUUGUAUCACCCUUCACUGGUUUCGUGAUGUCCAUAUUUUGUUCACUCUUAUGAAUUCUAGCAUUAAUUUUUUGUGCUAUGCUUUAAGAUCCACCAGAUUCCGAAAUGCAUUUGUCAAAUUGCUAAGAAUCAAUAGAAGUUGA